AAAAUGGUUGCAUCAGGAUCGUUCGGCAAGCGUUCGAUGCUACCGGUAGUGCUGGUGGUGGUCGUGCUUUCGGUGGUACUGCCAGACGGUGCAGUGCCGGUGGUCCAGGCGCAGCAGUCGGCGGAUCGUACCGGCGCCAUCAUCUUUCCGGACGAGCUGAGCACCCGGUACGAGCAGGAGCGGGAAACGCUUGCGAAGGAGAAGCGCGAAUCUUCCCGGCGCCGUAACGACGAGGCAAGUGACGGCAGGUGGGAUGAGGAUGACGUCCGCAAUGAAUAUGACAAUGGUUCGGAAGAAUUUGACGGGUUGCCGGUCAGCUAUGCACUUCAGCUUUCCGAGCUUAACACGACGGCUGACAUAUUGAACCUCCUGGAUCCGGAUUCUGUAGAUCAACGUGUUUUCAUGGACGGUGGAGAGUACAGUGGGCGCGACAUUGGAGAAAAUCCGGUACCGGCAUCGUGUGAACCCGAAUCGCAACUUGUAAGCCUUCGUCCGGAAAAUCUUACCAAUCCACGAUACUACUUCUAUCCGUCCUGUACGCGGGUGAAGCGUUGCAGUGGCUGCUGCAACACAAACCAGCUCGUCUGCGAACCCGUCGCUAAUCGUACCAUUCUGUACAAGGUCACUAUCCUGGAGUAUCGCAGUGGCAAGAAGGAUCGUUUCUCGCAUCGCGAGCUGGUACCGGUGGAGGAGCACGUGCGCUGCAAGUGUCAGUGCCGCGUGAAGGAGUGGCACUGUACCGAACGGCAGGUGUACAAUCCGAACAACUGUCGGUGCGAUUGUACCAACCGCGAGGACCGGAACCGGUGCGUGGACGAGCCGCUAAAGCAGUGGAAUCCGAACACGUGUACCUGCGACUGUCUGCCAAGAAACGAGGAGUGUACCAGUGGCUCGCACUACGAUCGCAGUGCCUGCAAAUGUCUACCGAACGAAUACUACGCGUAUGACGGGGUAGCAUCGUACUGGGACCACCAUCAACAGCAGCAGCAGCAGCAACAACGGCCCAUCUCACUCGCUCGGUCUGCAGCUUCCGGGUAAGGGAAGCGUG